CGCCAUGGCGUGAGCGGCGGCGGGGCCUGACGCGGGAGCCUCCGGCCUGGCCCUCGGGGAGCGCGGGCGGCUGGCGGGGCGGCUGGCGGGGCGGCUCACACGGACGCCUUUGGCAGACGGAAGAUGAGGGGCCGGUCGCCUGGGUCGCGCUGAGAGGCGGGAGCACUUCCAAAAGGAAGGAAUUGUCACUAACAGCAGCAGUGUACAGGGGGCCUCUCCCUCACACUGCUCAUGUGGUAAUGAUGGAGGCUCCUGAUGAAGAAAACCUUGGUGUAGCCAUCUCCUCCUCUUCCAAUGCACAGUUUGAUGCAGUUGUUGGCUAUCUGGAGGAUAUCAUAAUGGAUGAUGAUUUCCAGUUACUACAGAGGACUUUUAUGGAGAAGCACUACCAGGAGUUUGAUGAUUCAGAAGAAAACAAGCUCAUCUAUACCAGCAUUUUUAAUGAAUAUAUCUCUUUAGUAGAGAAAUACAUUGAAGAGAAGCUGCUGGAUCGGAUCCCUGGUUUCAGUAUGACUGCUUUCACCAUAUCCCUGCAGCAGCACAAAGAUGAGAUGGCAGGUGACAUAUUUGACAUGCUUCUCACAUUUACUGACUUCCUGGCAUUCAAAGAAAUGUUCUUGGAUUACAGAGCUGAGAAAGAAGGUCGAGGUCUGGAUUUAAGCAACGUGUUAGUGGUGACUUCAUUAAACAACUCAUCGGUAUCCUCCUCCUAGAACAGCUGAUGCUCUACUUUCCUUCCCCAGAGGAGUGCUGCUGCUUUCAUUUGGACACUAAAACCCUAAAGGUCAUGGGAAUCAAGGUGCUGUUACAUCAUGGAAACUCAUUCACCCUCCAGACUGUACCUGCAGAGGCCUGACCCGAGAAACAUCUGUGCACUCUGGUUGCUACUCAGCGACCACAGAAGGAGACAAGUUCACCUCUGCCAGAGUAACUGCUCUGAAGAGGGGCACAGUACUGGGAGAGCAGCCCAGCCCUUGUGUGCUGGGGGGACCAGCAGCAGGCUGUGUGUGUGCUCUUUGGGCUGGCAGCUGCAGCAGCUCCCUGAAACACAGAACUGCUCAGGCACAGGGCAGCAGCGUGCAAAGAGGGAAUCCCUCCAGCUCUUGCAAGGUCAGCUGCAAAUUCA